AACAUGUUUAUUGUAUUUCCAAAAUAGUUUGCUAAAUGUGAAAGAGCUUUUUAAAAUUCUCAGUUUUAAUAGUUGCCCGCAGUCGAUCGUAAAAAGCAUGCCAGAUAUGCUAAGAUAUUGUCAACCCUGAAUUGUGCCGCGCAAAGUAUCGAUAUUAAAAAAACAGCGACGCUUUUACUUGUUUACAAAUGCGAUAUCGAUAGUCGAGAAGUCGCGAGUCUUGAGCAGAUUUGGCAUUAGCAUCAAACGCCAAGCGAAAUUUGCGAGGCGCGCGUGGAAAAUUUAUUAUAUUAAAAGGAAAAGCGAACAUUAUUGUAAAAAAGUUGUUGAAAAAUAGUGCUAGCAGCAUUACAAGUUACCAACAGCAUUAAAUCGUUAAAUUCAAGUUAAUGUGCGUUGGUAAACAAGGUUUACAUUUCGCAGGUUGCAAAAAAAAUUAGGCGCCUUUUACUUGAUUCGUUUCGUUCGCGUCUGUUCCUCAGACACUUUGCCAGUUUGCCUUGUGCUGCCUAGAAGACGCCGUCGACGUCGUUUGCAAUUAAUUAAUUAAUUUGUACUAAGUGUUAAGGACAUAAACAAUUUAAAAAUGCCGAUUUGCAAACGCGACGGCUUUGAUCUCAACAACACAGAAUCCAAAAAUGAGACAUUCCACGACAACGACUUGGUAUUUUGUUGUUAUAUUACCAAACGGAUAUUUCGUGAUUACGAUCACUAUUUCCGACAUGUUAUGGCUAUUAACUCGACAGUUUGGCAGUGCGAGGCCACGGGCAAGGAUGGACUCACCUUCGAAGAGGCACUCAAGAGUGAACGUACUGCUCGGAAAAAACUGGAACAGUUCAAACAGAGCUUACGAGCUCCAGUGAUGCUGGUCAUUGAGCAUGCCCGCCAAUCCGCCGUGAAGAUGCUCAAUCUGAUAGUGAACAAGUUUUUGCGCAAACGUUUCUUUCUCAACGAGGAGGUCACCGUCAAUCAAAAAAAGAAUACCAUCUACACGGUGGUGGGCAUUACGCCCGGAAAAGGAAUGCAAGAGCCGAAUACCGGUGUCUACGAGGAUACAGAUAAGCUUGAAUAUGUUUUGCGUGCGCCAAACGGCACUGAGAUGACUGUAUCCUUUGACCAGCUGCGUCGCCAGCGCACCGAAUUCAAUAUGGAAAAUCUGUCAAUGUUCAUCAAGAACAGUGUUAUUCGUGUCGAUGGCAUAUUGCGUCCCAAGCCUGAACUAUACAAGCAGUAUGUGACCGAGCCCAAGUUAAGCUUUUCCACCAUUUUCAUUGGUAAAAUGCCGCGAUAUUCGCCAGCGAAAAUCAAGCGACCCGAGCCUAAAGAGGCCAAGAAACAAUCAACCCUCAAUCAAUACAUUGUUAAAGGCGAAGAAUCGAUUGCCAAGAAAAAAGAAUCAGCUGAAGCACGAGCCAAGUCGCUGGCCGAUGAAAUGGAGCGAAUGCGCGUGGAGAAGCAAAAUAAAAUCGCUGAAUUGGAGCUGGUAAAGGCGCAAAAGAAAGCGGAGCUCAUUCUGCGCGUGGAGGAGGAAACUAGGUAUCUAACCACAAAGACCGAUGAUCUAGAGCGCAAUGAUCAGCGCAUGUUGCCCACAUACCAGCCAAUAGUUACCUUCCUGCCCGAGAUCAUACUUGGCGAUGCGUUUGUGCUGCGCGAAUUUAUGCACACCUACAGCGGGUUGCUGUCGGGCGUGGAGGUGUUUCGACAGAAUCUCAAUUUCUACGAGAUGUCGCGUGCAUUUAGCGCACGUGAAGUGGCUGGUCCACUGUCAGACAUACUCCUCGUGUUGCUGGGCACCAUCUUUGAUCUGCAGAAGGAGGAGGAGGAUGAAUGCCCGGUCAAAUAUUUGUUGCGCUAUGGCAACGCAGUGGGUGAACCUUAUGACAGCAUGAAGAACGCUUCACGUACUCAGUUUUAUGUGAAGCGACAUUUCUCAUUCAAGCUGCACGAGAUGCCUAUGGAUGCACUCACUCUAAGUGAAGUUCUGCGCCUGCAUUUGCUUGCCUCGGGCGCUGUUAUCUCGGACAAGCCAGAGAAGUGGCGUGUCAUGUAUCGCAAUGGUUACUCUUCACGCGAGGAUCCUGGAUUGCAGCUGCGCUUAGAGCAUCCACAUAUUCUACAUGCGCUCAGAACGACGCCGAUUGCACAAUUGGAUUUCGUAGAUAUUUGUCGCGUGGUCAAUUGUUUGAUGGCACAGAUUCUCACGUACUCGGCGACCAUCAAUAUUGUGGAGGAACGCAUGGAGAAGACGGCAAAGGCCAAGGUGGAUUUGCGUGCCUUGAUGAUGGCCGAGAAUCGUCGUCUUACGGCUGUGGAGGCGAACAAGCGCAAGCUCACGAGCGAGCAUCAUCAACAGUGUAUGAACAAAGAGCUAAAGCUGGACUCCGGCCAGAAGGAGGAGCUGGGCGAGCAGCUCAAUCGUCGCAUUGCCGAACUGAUGGCGCAAUCAGAACGCGAGCAGCGCAAGCAUGAACAGCAGGUGAUGAAACUGCAGUCGGAGUUGUUCAACUUCUUGGUGUUCUUGGGCAUGGAUCGUUGCUAUCGCAAAUACUAUGUGCUAGAGUCGAUGCCGGGCAUCUUUGUGGAGCACACGGCGGACAAUCUGAUCGACACAUGCCUGGAACAGCCACCGCUUAACAUUUCGGCUGAGGAGCUGCGCAAGCGUGCCCUGAUGCCCAAGCAACGCAAGGAUCUGCGCUUUUAUCUGCUUAAAUUGUAUGGCGACGGCGAUAAGAAGUCACGCAAAUCCAACAAACAGUCGCUGGAGAACAAGGAGAACCAGGAGAAUCGUCUCAAUGGUCAUGCACCGUCCACGGAGCCCAUUGACAUCAGUGGUGAAGACGAGGAGCAAUCGCCGCCAACGCAAUCCGAGCUGCUCAUGUGCAGCGGUGACUCAAGCAAUUGCUUGGUGCACAAUCAAACUCAUGCCCAGCGGCGCAUGUGGACAUACUUGUACAAGCCGGAGGAUAUUGAUGCACUAAUAAAAUCACUCAAUCCCUUGGGCUGGCGUGAAUCGGAGCUGCUGGACGAGCUGAGUCAGUUGCGUACUCUGAUACUGGAACAUGUGAAAAACUGCGCAGAGGAUAUGCUCAAUUUGGACACCGAUAAGAAGCGCGAGAAAUUUGUCCACACUAUGCAUACCGAGACCAAUCGCAAAUACAAUCAGGCCAACUUUGGGCUGCCCGACGACACGAAUCUCAAUGAAGUGAUGAGACUUCAUCUUGUAGAUCGUAUUCUACAAUUUGAGCAUGACAUUUUCUCGGGUGACUUGGGUAAGCUGAGUGUGAAGGACAUGGAGAAGUGGCGUCAGCAGCUGCUCAAAGAUGAAUACGAUCCGCAGUGCAAAUUGCAGUGGGGACCCCGAAAGGCGCACAGCGAAGAACCCGCCGAUUCGGAUCAAGAAUCGCACGAGGACUUCGAUGAUCAGGAGGAUGAAACCGAUGAGGCUGCGGUGUUGCGCGAAUUGGGUCGCAAAUACGGCAGUUAUCGCGAUCCUGGACAAUACGUGAAUGGGAGCGAUGUGCCAGCUAUUAGCGAAUCCACCUCCAAAUCGCAUCAGACACAAGUGCGCAACAUGGCCAGCGCCUUGCUGCAAGUGGAGCAGGCGAUUGGACGUCGUUUCAUGAAGGAGCCGUUCGGCGUGAACAUGAAACGCGAUGGCAAGCAGGAGAAUCUUAAACUCAUCUGCGAGGCACGACUGCAGCAGUGGGAAGUUUCACUCAUGGAGAGCACCAGCUAUGCGCAAGUCUUUCUGCAUUUAAAUGUCCUUAAUGAUUGUAUCCUCUGGCGUCGUUCGACAAACAAAUCACUAUGCAAAGUGUGCCGACGUGGCACCGAUCCCGAGAAGAUGCUGCUGUGUGAUCAAUGCAAUGGUGGCACUCACAUGUUCUGCAUGAAACCAAAGAUGCGCACGGUGCCAGAGGGCAAUUGGUAUUGUCACACUUGUGUGCGUGAGCUGGGAUUGACCAACAAUACCAAGGCGAGCAACAAGCAGCAGAAGAAACGCAAGUUUAUUGUUGACGAAGUGGAUGAUGAUGUUGAUGAGGGUGUCGACGAUGGUGACGAUGACAACGAUGAGGAUGAGGGCGAAGAAGAGGCAGAUGUUAGCGAUCGCCACAGCGAGGCUUCCUCCACAGCCAUAUCUGUAAAGGUGAAUGGCAAGGCCCCCACAGCUACAAGACGUUCUAGUCGACGCUCGGGUCGUCGGUUGAAGUCCAAAGAGAUAGAGGAGGUAAUGGAGGAAGAGGCCAGCGAGCAGGCCGAUGAUAGCUCUAUGGAAGUGGAUGAGGAUGAUGAGAACGACAACAAUGAAGAGGAGGACACCGAGGAGGAUAAGGCUUGUCAGGAGUGCUUCUAUGAUGGCUGCGAAAUAUGUUGCGCUCGCUGCUCCGAAUGGUAUCAUCUAGAGUGCGUUAAAUUGAAGCGACAACCGCGCAACGAUUUCGUAUGCAAAAAGUGCAAAUCACAUGAGAAUACACGAGCGCGACGCCGUCCCAGUCAUGUUGAUGGCGAUGCUGACGAUGAUGAGGAGGAGCCGCAGGCCAAACGUUCACGCUCAUCACGCAACUCUUUGCGCAUUUCCCUGGACAAAUCUGCUACCAAUAACAAUAACAACAAUAAUAAUAACAACAAUACGAGCAAUCAGAAUAACAAUCGACGUUCGGGACGUCGCACAAAUGACAAUCUACCAUUAAAUAGCGCCGCCUUGUAUUCUCUGCUGGAGCAAACGAUGAAGCAUCAGGCGGCGUGGCCAUUCCUGCGCCCAGUGAUGUCCUCUGAGGUGCCCGACUAUCAUAAGAUUAUAAAGACGCCCAUGGACUUGGCCAAAAUCAAGUCGAAACUAAAUAUGGGCGAAUAUCAGCUGAACGAGGAGUUGCUCAGCGAUAUUCAGCUAGUGUUCAAGAAUUGCGAUCUUUACAAUGUCCGAGGCAAUGAGAUUUACGAUGCUGGCUCCAAGUUGGAACGCUUUGUCAUGGAUCGCUGCAAGGAUAUGAUGCUGCCAUUUAGGCCCAGUGACAUGAAUGUUGACGCAAUUUGUUGAGUCCGUCGUCGUAUCGCAUUUCGACCCUCUACCCGCGAUCGUGUAAAUUAAUUAAUUAAGCUAGCUUUAGACCAUAGACAAACAAACAAGUUGUCAACGUACACAUUUCAAGACAGUAUUGUUUACUUACCAGUUAUCAGCCGCAUUCUUCUUAAGCACACUUAUACACAACAUGCAUACUCGACCUUUUUCAAUUGUAGUAGCGUACAGUACCGUUUAGCCAUUAGUAUGUUUUCAUUAAGAGUUUAUUAUUAAUAUUAUGCAUAAAUUAUUGUAGGCAUUAUACAGUUCACAGAUGUUCUAGCAUUCAAUAAAAUCUAAACAGAAUACUUGCAACCUAUAAUAAACUGUGUUAUCUGUACUCUCCCCUGCAUAGAGAUGCAUUCAUUAUCUGUAAGUACAAUACGCGAUCGAUUUGACAUCGAAACAUUUUACACUUAUACAAAUUUGUUGCUGCAU